UUUUUUUUUUUUUUUUUUUUCAAUUUCUAGAUUGCUGGUUUCAAUGGUUUAAGCGAUGCAUUGAAAAGGCUGGACUUUUUGUCAGCGGUACAUGACCGUCGACGUUUCAAUUAUAUUGUUCGACUCUUAGAUCUUCUAGUCAGUCACAGAAUGGGCGGACUCAGUGGAUGCGCUCAACGAGUUCUCUUCAAUAUGUUAGAAGAAGUUGCAUUGGAAGUAUCAUUGUCGCAGCAACAAACUGGAAAACUUCGUCGAUUGAUCGAGAGAGUACGGGCUUUUAGCGCGGGUUGUUGUUGGGGUGGUAGACCUUUGGGAUCUGUAAUAUUAUGGGAGAAGCAUAAAGCCGCUUUAGAAAGAAUAUUACAAAUUGCCUCUUCUAUUACUAUAACUCAGCCGGACGAGGAACAGCAACCGCAGUGGUCAGAUUUGCCCACGGAAUGCCGCCGAGAGGUCCUCCUUCGACUUAGUGAUCCACGAGAUAUCGAAGCAUCUUCUGAGGCUUGUGAACAUUUAGCUAUUCUUGCGCAAGAACAAAGAAUCUGGCGGGAACUUGCUCAAUAUCAUUUCACACCUCAACAAAUAACCACUACGAGACAACACAAUCCUGGAAAAGACUGGAAAACUAUUUUCACUAUCGCUCGAAGGUCGUUUGGCCUGCGAGAAGAGUAUGCAGAGAUAAUUCAAUUAUGCCGCAAUUGUCGCUGCCUGUUCUGGCGAUCGCUCGGACAUCCCUGUAUUGUCGAUCAAGAUCCGGCCUUUCAAAAGAAAUUAGCAGACGUCGAUCGAGCGUCUCUUCAUGUUCCAAUUCCUCCGCAAACUUUCCUCAAAUUCUUUUCCCUAUGAAACAAACGGACAAAUACGAAAAGAAAAACAAGGAAUCUACGCAUUUACUUUUCUAGCCUUUUUUUGGUAAAGGAAUAUAUGAUUAGAAAGAUAUACGUGCGAAUCAUAAUCUUUAAUGUUCUUUUGAUGUUUUUCGCCUUGUCUCGUGUCCGAAUGCGUUCCUUAAAACCCUUUCGUCCGAUUUCGAUCCCGAAAUCUUCGACGCUUUUUAAUCUUAAUAGCGAUUUAUUUCAAUCGGUGCUUUCAAAAAUAUCGAUAUAAUAAUAACAGUAAUAAUAAUAAUAAUAAUAAUAA